AAAAGUAGCGUCUGGUUUACAUGAAAAUUUCAUUGUAAAAGCUCGGGUCUGGGGAGUGGGGAUAUCUGAAAACAAGAAUUAUUACCUGAGGCUUUCAGUCGUGCUUCCAUCUGGUGCCUGUUAGAUGAAGCAUGAACUGAUUUUUGGGUAGCUACAAUUUGCAAUUUUGUCCAAAAUGUAAAUCAAUCCAAACCCAAACAGCUGUGCAGAUGUCAAACUAUGAAACUUCGAGAUUUUCCAUUUGAACGGCUUUUAAUAGACUGAAAUACAUACAACUAUCGAUUGUCCAUUAGAUAAAGAAUAUAUAACUUAUUUCUGCUAUACAGGAAUAUAAAAAUAUCAGCAACGUUACGUCGAAUCUUCCGCAAUUUUACUUUUGUUCAUUUGAUAAUUUUGGUUAUAUUAUUAGGCCCCCUAGUCCUAAUGUUGAAGAACAUAGUACUCCUAUGCAUAGCGGUCCUAAAUGCUCAAGGGACACGUAUGUCUAAUGGAUAUUGGAAUGGAAAAUGGUUUCCUCAUGCACCGGAUGAUAUGGAUUCAAAUCCUGCUGCAUCUCUGAGAAAUCAUCUACUGCAUGAUGGGAAACAUGGAAUAUCAAUGGGCAUAGUAGAUCCUGCUUGUGAUGAUGCAAAGACUAAUCUAGCUAUAGACUGGUUCAUGAAUCCUGAAAACUACACAUGCUAUGAAAAUAGACGUCUGUAUCUUCCAAAAAGCACAGUGCAUCCUAUACAUAGUACAGAUCAUAUUCCUCCGGAGUAUAGCGCCCCUCACAAAUGUAUGAAUGAAUCUAUUGAGUAUGGUGAACCUAUUCCAACUUUUGGAACACACAGACCUCUGUGGGCAAUCUACGGCGAAUACACAUUUGUGCCGAUACAACGAUGGUUGCAUAACCUGGAGCAUGGUGCAGUUGUAAUGCUCUACCAUCCAUGUGCCAACAAGAACCAAGUCAAUUUUCUCAAGAAAAUGGUCAAGAGCUGCCUCUACAAGCAUGUCAUUACUCCCUAUGAUCAGCUGACUGUUGAAAGGCCUUUGGCGCUGGUUACGUGGGGUCACCGUCUAGAGAUGUCUAAAGUAGCGGGGGAGCUAGUUGUGGACUUCAUAAGAAAGAACGCCCUAAGGGGCCCUGAGAAGACGACGAAGGAUGGCCAAUACUCUCUUACUUUGAUAGAAAGGGCGAGAAUUGUAUCCGAUAUUGAUGACUCCAGCUUGUGUCCAACGUAUUCUAACAUGAAUAUGAAAUAAUGAGUAUUGAUGGUCGAAUUUAGGGUUUGCAAAAGUUAAAAGGUACUCUCGUGGUAGCUUAGGGAGAUUACACGUAUGUAUAAUGGUGGAAAAGUGUACCUGUUUUGUUUAAGUAAAAUUUUGUUAAUAUAAAGGACCUCAAACUAUUUGUCAGAUGAUAUGUUUUUGGUUUUGUGCUCUUGUCGCAUGAAUGAUCGUUUUAAAAAAUGAUUGAUACGCCCAAUGAUUACACUUUGGGUGUCAGUGACUCCCUACUCUAAAAUUAAAAAAAUAUUUGGAAACACUGAUAGUGUUGAAUUGAUUUAGAUUAGACAGGGUGUUAGUCAACGAUAUGCCAUAAUUACAAUCGCGCAUUCCUGAACCCAAUUUAAGCAUAUAAACGUCUGUGUCCUAAAAUGUAAGGUUUCCAAGAUUCAUGGACUCAAAGUUCAAAAUAAAAACAUCCUAGUACCGAUUUUGUUAAAUUUUGGCAGUGUUAUUUAUUGUACUGAGACUGUAAUAGAUAUAUCUAUUUCGGGCUUUUGCGCCGUUAGUAACACAACUUGAUUACAGGAUGAUUAACUUUAUUCUGUCUAAAAAUGUAUAUAUUGAUAGGUAUCGCAAGGUACCUCGGUCAUUCCUCUGCCUAGCGCAGCAUUUCCGGUGAAUUAUAUUACUUGCAAUACCUAACAAGUUUCUAAUAAGAAUAUAUUAUACAGUAUGAUCUAACCAUACUACAAGACGCUAAGUUUGUAUUAACUAGGAGAAAAUUAUUUAUGAAUUCCAAUGGCGCCUCGUUUAACAGUACCAAGAAUAAUACUAACUGAAAAUGUACGCCACUUACCUUUUAAAAAAUACAUAUUUUUUCGAAUUAUGCAGAUGAAAAUACAACUUUUUGCCUCCCGGUAUCGCUUCGUAUCCUUCUUCGUUUUUGAGGAAAAGAAUAAAAAUAAUUUCAUG